GGUUUUCUUCAUUGCCUUUACAGACAAUGUGUUUAACACAGUUUUCAUUGGCCUUCUGUUCUCUCUGUGGCUUUGCAGGUUCCUCGUCUUCACCAUCCCAUCAGCAGGACCAUUCACUUGUAUCCGAACAAGGUGAACUGCUUUCCUGUCCCCAGUGCACCUACAGGACCAAUCGCAAAAGGGAUAUGCAAAUGCACCUUUCAAGACACAGGGGCGAGCAUCCCUUCCAGUGCCACUUCUGUCCAGCUACAUUCUCUCGCUACACUGAUCUCAAAGAACACAUUCCCACCCACGCGGGAAAGCGCCCUUUUGCUUGUCACAAGUGCAGUGCGUCGUUCUCGCAGAAAACGCACCUCACUCAGCACAUGCGCUGCCACACAGUAAAGCGUUCCUUUUUAUGUGACGGCUGCAACGCAUCGUUCUCGGCAAAACAGACUCUCAUGCAACACUUGCGCACCCAUACAGUAAAGCGUACCUUUUCCUGUGACCUUUGCAAUGCACAAUUUUAUGCAAAACGGUCACUCAACUUCCACAUGUCCUGGCAUCAUGGAAAAAAGAAACGUUCCUCGCCUUCACCAUCCCAUCAGCAGGACCAUUCACUUGUAUCUGAACAAGGUGGUCUGCAUAUUCAUCGCCAGGGCACCUACAAGACCAAUCGCAAAAGGGAUAUGCAAAGGAACCUUUCUAAACACCCAGGGGAGCGUCCCUUCCAGUGCCACUUCUGUCCAGCUACAUUCUCUCGGUACACUGAUCUCAAAGAACACAUUCCCACCCACGCGGGAAAGCGCCCUUUUGCUUGUCACAAGUGCAGUGCAUCGUUCUCGCAGAAAACGCACCUCACUCGACACAUGCGCUGCCACACAGUAGAGCGUCCCUUUUCUUGUGACCGCUGCAGUGCAUCGUUCUCAGCGAAAGAGACCCUCAUGCAACACUUGCGCAUCCACACUGGAGAGCUUCCGUUUUCCUGUGACCUCUGCAACGCACCAUUUUAUGGAAAACAGCCACUCAGCUUCCACAUGUCCCGGCGUCAUGGAAAAAAGAAACCAUAA